AUGGCCUCAUUCUUCACUGACGUAUGGCAUCGCAUCUGGGACAGCAUCAUCGAUAACAGGCACAAGCUCACAGCCACCGGCGGGUUUCUGUUAGGCAUCCUGGUGACAUUGGGCUUCAAGGAUUUGUAUCCUGACCUCGAGCUCGCGUAUCGCAGGAGGGUGCGGCAGUUGCGAGGGACGCCGCAUCCGCGCCCUCGAGAGUCGGAUUAUGUGCGGUUGGAGGACCACACGAGGCGGAAAUCUUCCAUUUUCCCUUUGACUGAUGGCGGGGAUGAUCCGCGUAGGUCGGGCGAGGGUGAUGCGUCCAGGGAGGAUAUCAGUGUUGGGGUUGAGGGAUUGAUUGGGAACACGCCGCUCAUUAAGCUGAGGUCUCUCUCUGAUGCUACUGGGUGUGAGAUUUUUGCUAAAGCUGAAUUUCUCAAUGGGGCUGGCAACUCGCCCAAAGACAGAGUCGCUCUGUCCAUGAUCACCCAUGCCGAAGAAGACGGUAUCCUGCAGCCCGAUCGAGGCGAUACCAUCUACGAAGGCACAGUAGGCUCAACCGGCAUCUCCCUCGCCUCUGUAGCCCGCGCGCGAGGCUACAAAGCCCACAUCUGCAUGCCCUCAGACGUCUCCAUCGAAAAAUCCGACCUCCUCCUCAAACUCGGCGCAACCGUCGAACGCGUCCUCCCAGCCUCCAUCGUCGACCAAAACCAAUUCGUCAACACCGCCCGCCGCCGCGCCCAAGAACACACCGCCGACCCCAACACCCCCGGGAGAGGCUUCUUCGCCGACCAAUUCGAAAACACCGCCAACUACCUCGCGCACCAGGAAACCACCGGACCGGAAAUCUACGCUCAAACGGGCGGGAAACUCGAUGCCUUCGUCGCGGGCGCAGGGACGGGCGGGACGCUCUCAGGUGUGGCGCUGGCAUUGAAGCCUCUCCUGCCGGAGUUGAGAGUCGUGCUUGCGGAUCCGCAGGGUUCGGGGUUGUUUAACAAGAUCAAGUAUGGGGUUAUGUUCAGCCCGACUGAAGCAGAAGGCACCAGACGAAGACAUCAAGUCGACAGCAUCGUCGAGGGGAUUGGGAUUAACCGACUCACGGCGAACAUGUCCGCUGGACUACACCUCGUAGACGACGCUGUCAAAGUGACUGACGAGCAGGCUAUGAAGAUGGCGAGGUGGCUAGUCGAGAAGGAGGGGUUGUUCGUCGGGGCGAGUAGCGCGGUGAACUGCGUUGCUGCUGCGCGGGUGGCGAGGGAGUUGGGGAAGGGCAAGAGAGUCGUGACGAUUCUGUGUGAUUCCGGGACGAGGCAUUUAUCCAAAUUCUGGAAACAGGCGGGGGAUAUCGGUGGCGAGGGAGAGGAGUUCGGCCUCGAGGAGAUUUUGAUGAGCACUGAAGAGUGA